GGUGCCGGAGCGGGCAACGUCGUAGCGGCGGAGCUCCAGCCCCUUCCUUCCUUCCUUCCUUCCUUCUUCUUCCCUCAGCUUCGCUUCGCCUCACUGUAGCGGCGGUACUGAUGAGCGGGGUCCGAGCGCCCGGUGGGCGGCCAGCGGCCACCCCGGUGCCUACCUGCUUGCUUCUGCUGGGGCUGCUCCUGCCCGCCGCUGCCGCGGGCGGGGGGUGCGAGCUGGAGGCUGCGGACGGCGGCGGUGGCCGGCGAGGAGGACGAGUAGGUGCCACCUCCUCUGGGGCGGAGACGGCGGCGGUUGUGACAGAUCCCUGCAGUUCACUCAGCCCACCGUGCUUUACUGAGGAGGACCGAUUCAGUCUAGAAGCUCUCCGCAUGAUCCAUAAGCAAAUGGAUGAUGACAAAGAUGGUGGUAUUGAAGUAGAUGAAAGUGAUGAGUUUCUAAGAGAAGAUAUGCAAUACAAAGAUGCCUCUAAUAAACAUAGUCACCUGCACAGAGAAGACAAGCAUAUCACCAUUGAGGAUCUGUGGAAACGCUGGAAGACAUCUGAAGUUCAUAACUGGACUCAAGAGGACACUCUUCAGUGGCUGUCAGAAUUUGUUGAACUGCCCCAGUAUGAAAAGAAUUUUAGAGACAGCAAUGUCAAUGGAACAACACUUCCCAGGAUAGCAGUAAAUGAACAUGCUUUCAUGAUCUCUCACUUGAAAAUAAUUGACCGGAGCCAUAGACAGAAGCUUCAGCUUAAAGCAUUGGAUGUUGUUUUAUUUGGACCUCUCACCCGUCCCCCUCACAACUGGAUGAAGGAUUUUAUAUUAACAGUUUCUAUAGUUAUUGGUUUUGGAGGCUGCUGGUUUGCAUUUACACAGAACAGGACUUCAAGAGAACAUAUCACAAAAAUGAUGAAGGAUUUAGAAAGCCUCCAAACAGCAGAGCAAAGUCUUCUUGACUUGCAGGAAAGGCUUGAGAAAGCACAAGAGGAGAAUAGAAAUGUUGCUGUGGAAAAGCAAAAUCUGGAGCGCAAAAUGAUGGAUGAGAUCAAUGAUGCAAAACGGGAAGCUCAUCGCCUAAGGGAGUUGAGAGAGGGAGCUGAAUGUGAGCUCAGCAGGCUCAAAUAUGCAGAGGAAGAGCUAGUACAGGUUCGCAUGGCUUUAAAAAAGGCUGAGAAGGAGUUUGAGCUGAGAAGUAAUUGGUCUGUUCCAGAAGCUUUGCAGAAGUGGCUUCAGUUAACACAUGAAGUUGAAGUACAGUAUUACAAUAUCAAAAGACAGCAUGCAGAAAUGCAGUUGGCAAUUGCCAAAGAUGAGGCAGAAAAGAUAAAGAAGAAGAGAAGCACUGUAUUUGGAACACUACAUGUUGCACAUAGCUCCUCCCUGGAUGAGGUGGACCAUAAAAUUCUUGAAGCAAAGAAAGCACUCUCUGAAUUGACGACGUGUUUACGAGAGCGCCUUUAUCGAUGGCAACAGAUUGAGAAGAUUUGUGGUUUCCAAAUAGCACACAAUUCUGGGCUACCAAGCUUGACCUCUUCUCUCUACUCUGAUCACAGCUGGGUAGUUAUGCCUCGAGUUUCCAUUCCUCCUUACCCAAUCGCAGGGGGAGUUGAUGACUUAGAUGAAGAUACUCCUCCGAUAGUUUCACAGUUUUAUGGCUCCAUUGUAAAACCUCCGGGCACACUGGCAAGAAGCAGUAGCUUGUGUCGAUCAAGACGCAAUAUUGUGUCAUCAUCUCCACAGUCUCAGCAUGCUUUGCACUCCCCUGACCCUGACAUCCUUUCUGUGUCAAGCUGCCCAGCAAUUUAUCGAACUGAAGAUGAAGAGGAAGCCAUUUACUUCUCUGCUGAUAAACAAUGGAUCAAAAGCAAUGUCAGCUACUGGGCGAAGAGAAGAUGGAUGGUAACACAAUUCUUACAGCAUGUUGAGCGUGUACCUACUCUUGUUACAUGGCCUCAUAGGAAAAGGUUAAAUUCCUUUUGGAAGGAGCAAAUGAGCUUGUUGAAAGGGAAGUACAGGAAACAGGUUCGGAAUGUGACUCGUUAAAUUCAUCCACUGGAAGGAAGCAGUCUCCUCCAGCAAGUCUUGAGAUGUACCAGGUGCUUUCUUCUCAGAAAGUAUCCCCAGAAGAAUGCUCCCUGGAGGAAUCAUCUACAGGAGACUCCUCUUCUCUAACUGCAGAUAUUUCUAGGGGCUCUCCUGACUGCAUAGGCAUGGCAGAAACUAAGAGCAUGAUCUUUAGUCCUGCAAGCAAAGUUUAUAAUGGAAUCCUGGAGAAGUCCUGCAGCAUGAACCAACUUUCAAUUGGGAUCCCUAUCCCAAAGCCUCGGCACACCUCUUGUUCUUCAGCCAGCAGUGAUACUAAACCCAGCCAUGAAGCUGCUUCUGUCCCCAGGAUAAAUAGCAUCCCACAGGACCUCUACCAAAAUGGUGAAAAAACCAAAAAGCCAUCAAAAAUAAAAAGCCUCUUUAAGAAGAAGUGUAAGUGAGGUGGCAGAGGAAGCCUGUAGUAGUGUUGUAAGAACUCUGUUUUUUAAAUCUUUAGGAAUGUGAUUCCAUUUGAGCAUUCCAAACUGGAUGCCCUAAUGGAAUGCUCUGUAGGUCAACUAUAUUUAACCUCACUGUACUGUCAAAGGUCGUGCCAGCUGUCAAUGAGAAAUCAUUAAAAGUUCAGACAGUUUACAUUAAUUUCUGCCUAUUUAUUUCUUUUUUUUGUUUGUUUGUCUU